CAAACCUGCCAGGGAAAUAGCAAAAUCUCUUUGUAAUUUUUAUUUUUUAUUUUUAUUUUUUUUCCACCCCAAGCCAUAUAACAAAGGGAGUAGAAUUGGCCCUACCGCCUGAUGGAUACUUUGGCGGCGGUGGCGAAAGUUUUAUUAGGUGAGAGUUGAGUUGAGACUGACUCUGAGUUGGUCAGUGAAGGAAGCUCAAAGUUUAAACCUUUAAUGGAGAACAUUUGCCCAAUCGGCCAACGGUUUGCCUCCGAAAUCUCUGCUCUUCUUACUCCACCUUCACCUCUCCAAGUACAGGAGUACUUCGACCAGCUUUUGUCGACAAGGAAAUGCAGGGACAUUAAAGUGAACCCAAAUGGAGACUUUGGGAAGGGUGUGUAUGCUGAGUCGGACUUCACAGAAGGGCAACUUGUUUUGAAGGAUCAAAUGCUCGUGGGUGCUCAACAUUCCUCAAAUAAGAUUGACUGCUUGGUGUGUGGCUUCUGCUUUCGUUUUAUUGGCUCGAUUGAGCUCCAAAUUGGGAGGAAACUGUAUUUGCAAGAGCUGGGAGUUCCAAAGGGUUGCUGUGGAAGCGACUCUUCUGAUGGAGAAGAUGAUUCUUGCAUUGAGAAUGGUGAUAGCUCCAUGGCAUGUGGUUCCAGCACUACCAAAGAUAAAGUUUCUCUGCCCAAAGGGCUUGUGGAGUCACUCAUGAAUGGUGAAUUGGUGCUGCCUUAUUCCGACAAGUUCUCGUUGCCUCCAGCUGUUCCUUGUCCCGGGGGAUGUGGAGAAGCUUAUUAUUGCAGCAAAUUAUGUGCAGAGGCUGAUUGGGAAACUUCUCAUUCCUUGCUUUGCACUGGGGAAAGGUCGGAAGCAAUAUCUAGAGAGGCACUUUUAGAAUUUGUACAGCAUGCGAAUGAAACAAAUGAUAUAUUCCUCCUUGCUGCGAAGGCAAUUUCUUUUACCAUAUUAAGGUACAGGAAGCUAAAAGCUACUUAUCUUGAAAAACAAGGUAAAACUCCAAAUGCUUCGAGCCCUACAGAUCUAUCUUUACUCUUUGAGGCAUGGAAACCAAUAUCAAUGGGACACAAGAGAAGGUGGUGGGAUUGCGUUGCAUUGCCUGUUGAUGUUGAAUCUUCUGAUGAAGCUCCAUUUAGGAUGCAAAUAAGAAGCCUGGCAUUCACGUCACUUCAGCUCUUAAAGGCAGCCAUCUUUGACAUGGAAUGUGAACCGCUAUUCUCCCUUGAUAUUUAUGGGCAUUUAAUUGGCAUGUUUGAGUUGAAUAAUCUUGAUUUGGUUGUAGCAUCUCCAGUAGAGGAUUACUUUUUACACAUUGAUGAGCUUCCAUACCCUCAAAAGAAAGAAGCUGAGGACAUUACACAACCAUUAUUAGAUGCUCUUGGUGAUGACUAUGCAGUUUGUUGCCAGGGUACCGCAUUCUAUCCUUUGCAGAGUUGUAUGAAUCAUUCUUGCUGUCCAAAUGCAAAAGCAUUCAAAAGAGAGGAGGACAGAGAUGGCCAAGCAACAAUAAUUGCACUAAAACCAAUGUGCAAGGGAGAAGAGGUUACCAUUUCGUAUGUAGACGAGGAACUUCCAUUUGAGGAGAGACAGGCAUUACUUGAAGAUUAUGGUUUUAAAUGCAGGUGCCCCAAAUGUAUGGAAGAAGAGCCAUAAUUUAGCAAAAUAUCCUAUGGAGAAACAAUACUUGAAAUCUCUCAUAACGACACGAAAGAAACAGCAUGGCUUUUGAAAGACAAACGCUUGGUUGCUGUUUGGAUGUUUGAUUUUUUACGAGUGAAGAUGGCAUUUUCCAGUUUAAAAUAUUGAAAGAAGGAAUAUAGAGAGAGAUAUCGAAAAUAGUUAAUUAUUAUAGAAAACAUAAAACAUUAACUCCGUCAGAUAUGCCAAGUUUGGAUAAAUGAUAGCACUGUAUGUAUGCUUUGACAGGAAAUUAAACGUCCAUUCCUGGCCAGUCAUUUAUUUAGCAGCUUCAUCUAAGAGCUGCCUUUACACACAAUGAUUGUGAACAUCUUUGUUGCAAACGGUAUCGCAGUGUUCUCAGGAGAAA